AUGUUCGUUUCUUCCUCAUCUCAUGUUCCCCGUUGGCUUCAACUCCUCCUCACGGAGAAGUUCUACAACGCUUGCAUAAUUCACGAAGAGGCAAAGAAGAACGAGAAGAACGUCUAUUGCUUGGAUUGUUGCAUCAGUCUCUGCCCUCACUGUUUGUCCCCUCACCGCUCUCAUAGACUCUUGCAGAUUAGAAGAUAUGUGUAUCAUGAUGUUAUAAGGUUGGAUGACGCUGCAAAAUUAAUUGACUGCACUUCGGUUCAAUCCUACACAACUAACAGUGCAAAAGUGGUAUUUUUAAACCAAAGGCCACAGACAAGGAACUUCAGAGGCUCCGGCAAUUUCUGCAGCACCUGUGACAGAAGUCUGCAAGACCCAUACCACUUCUGCUCCCUUUCUUGCAAGAUCAAUUAUCUCAUCAGAACAACGGGUUCUCUCUGCGGUUACCUCUUCGAGUGCAACUACUUGCCGUUACCAGAAUCUGGUCUCGACGAUGGUCAGAUGACCCCUGACUCGGUUCUCGAACCUGCCGGUUCGGCCCGAACCUCGUCCGGUUCUGGAGGGUAUGGCGGGGUGGAUUGCAGGACCACCCUGGCUUGCACUGCCACCACUGAGAUUGUAAGGAAGAAGAGAACCGGCGGCUCUGGUAUCCGGCCACCGUGCCGGCCUGCGUGCUCGCCAGUGUCGGAAAUCUCGGCGGGUCUAAUGAACCGGAGGAAAGGGAACCCGCAGAGGGCCCCACUGUAUUGA